GUAGAAAUGACGGAAGCCGAGUUGCAGGCGGAGUUGGGUUGGACAUCAGGUACCGUGGACAUUGCAUUGCAGGUCCUUGCCCGAAAAAAGCGAGAAGGAAUGAGUGUAGCCGAGCUGGAGGCGGAGAUGCGGUGGACAGACAGUGUGGCAGGGUUUUGGCGGUUGUUUGAAGGCAGUGGCAAAACAAGUGGAACAAACAGUUGUGAGUUGAAGGAAGAGAAAAAGAGGACGCGAGAAGAAACGCAGGCCAGGCUGAUAGAGGUGGCACAGGCAGUAGCGCAAGAGGCAGGACAGCAGCUGAACGGCACCAAAAGUGGAACUGCUGAAGCCAGAUGGUUCUUGCACUUGGCAGGAGCGGGUGCGAACUUGGACGGCUUCUACUACCGCAGCGAUGAGACGGAGAUGAAUUCGCGGCCAGUGCACCUUGCCGGCAAAGUUGUAGAUUUGCUUGCGCAGAAUCCCUUGGAAAAAGCCUCACCUUCAGCAUUGCUGAUGGGUCUGGAAGUUCAUUAUGAAGAUGGGCAGGGGCUGAAGCGAAGGCGUUCUGCCGCCACGCAUGCUUCUAUCUGUUGCAAGUUGGAGGAUCAUGAAGAUUGGCCAGUCUACGAACUCAACGUGGAGCGUUGCCCGCAUGACACGGGGCUCACCGAGACGGGAAUCUCAUUUGUGGGCCAGUUUCGGGUGGUGGACGUGGGUCCAUUGAUGCGUGGGCCUGACGGCGCGAAGGAUCUCAGGGAAGUGCUCACUACGGAAGGUCCGACCAUCCGAUUGUGGGAGUCGCAUGCUGCCUUGGAGAUUUGCCCCGGGAACACCUUGACCAUCGAUGCUGUACAAGCGAAGCUGUGGAGGUUUGGCCGCAAGUUUGCAGUGCUCUGGGCACGUCCGUUGGAAAGGGACAUUCUCCAUAGGAUGAAGAAAAGGGGAUGGGAUUUCGUCAUUGGCAUGCCGCAGGACGGGGUGCUUUCUACUGCCUUCUUGCUCUUGCUCCUGGCCCUUCUUGCUUCCCCUUCGU